AUGCGCGUCCACAAGAUUGGUCUCUCCUUGGCAGUCGUGGGAACUGCUACUCUCCUCAUCGAAGCUCUCCCAUUCAUGUGGAGCGCAGGGAUUCCCCCCAAAAAAGGAAAAGAUAAUGGAAAAUAUGACGGCCAUGGGGAUGGUAUUGAGAAGGACAAAGAAGACGAAGAAUGUAAUGAUGACAAGAAAGACAAGGGGGCAAAGAAAUCCAAGCCUUCCAAGGGAUAUUUGACCCAGCAAAACUCUCCAAUGGUGUUUCUAGCUGAUAAUACGAAAGAAAACUUCACAACCGUUGUGAGAGAACUCCUCCAAUUUCUCAGAAACCGCUUUCGAAUACUGUAUAAAUAA